UGCGGUCCUCCGCUCCACAGUGGACCGGCGGACUUGGAGGUGGCCGGGUGCGGGACAGCGAGCCACCAGGCCGGACAGCGCUUAGGGGACGCCAGGCUUGAGUGGUUUAUCAUGGCUUCCAGCCACACUGUGUUGAUGCGGCUCGUAGCCUCAGCAUAUUCCAUCGCUCAGAAGGCAGGAACCAUAGUCAGGUGUGUCAUUGCUGAAGGAGACCUGGACAUCGUGCAGAAGACCUCAGCCACUGACCUGCAGACCAAAGCAGACCGCUUGGUGCAGAUGAGCAUCUGCUCUUCCCUGGCGCGGAAAUUCCCGAAGCUGACAAUUAUAGGAGAAGAGGACCUGCCUCCUGGGGAAGUGGAUCAAGAGCUGAUUGAAGACGGGCAGUGGGAGGAAAUCCUGAAGCAGCCGUGCCCAUCCCAGUACCAAGCUAUCAAGGAGGAAGACCUUGUGGUUUGGGUUGACCCCUUAGAUGGUACCAAGGAAUACACCGAAGGACUUCUUGACAAUGUAACAGUUCUCAUUGGGAUUGCUUAUGAAGGAAAGGCCAUUGCAGGCAUCAUCAACCAGCCAUAUUACAACUACCAGAACAAUGAAAAGGAGAAGCACAGGAAUGACGCAAAGGCGGGACCCGACGCUGUGCUGGGCAGGACCAUCUGGGGAGUUCUGGGUUUGGGUGCUUUUGGGUUUCAGCUGAAAGAAGCCCCUGCCGGGAAGCACAUUAUCACAACCACCAGAUCCCAUAGCAACAAGCUGGUCAACGACUGCAUUUCGGCCAUGAACCCUGACACCGUGCUGCGAGUGGGAGGAGCAGGAAACAAGAUCAUCCAGCUGAUUGAAGGCAAAGCCUCUGCCUACGUAUUUGCAAGUGCUGGGUGUAAGAAAUGGGACACUUGUGCCCCAGAAGUCAUCCUGCAUGCUGUGGGAGGGAAGUUGACAGACAUCCACGGGAACGCCCUGAAGUAUAACAAGGAGGUGAAACACAUGAACUCUGCCGGAGUCCUGGCCGCACUGCGCAACUACGAGUACUAUGCAAGCCAUGUUCCAGAGUCGGUCAAAAGUGCGCUCAUUCCCUAAAGGGGUCUCACUUACCAGGGCCUCGGUUCAAAGGAACACAUCUUAGAACUGAUUAACUGAUUGAACAAUUAGAAUGCCUCCAUUCAUCAUUGAUCAGUGAUUUAUUAGUAGUUACGGAUAGAAGAUGGAAUUUAGGAAUUUUCUUCAUAUCGGACUUAGGUAUAUAAUAUGAUUGUUAUUUCUCCUGCCUAAAAAAAAAAUUAGCCAGGUGUGGUGGCACUUACAGUAGUCAUAGCUAUUCCAGUGGUUGAGUUGGAGGAUUGCUUGAGCCUAGGGCCCUCCAUUACAUAGCAAGACACAGCCUAAAAACGAAAAACCAAAAAGGAAUUUAGUUUUACUAAUGAGCUAACUAGACCCGUCAUUUUGUUUUUUGUUCUUGUUGUUUGGGUUUUUUGUUUGUUUGCUUGUUUGUGGGGUUUUGUUUAUUUUGGAGUUUUUAUUUGUUUUGUUUUUGGGGGGGGUCUUGUUUUGAGACAGGGUUUCUCUGUGCAGCUGUGGUUGUCCUGGAAUUCGCUCUGUAGACAUAGCUGAACUUGAAUUCAAUGAUUCCCUUGCUUCUGUCUCCUGAGUGCAGGGAUUAAGGGCUUGCCCUGCCACACCUGGCUCAAAUGUUACUGUUUUUAAAUGAAGACAUGAAAAGGGGUUAGUUCCAAAUGACUGUCCAGGUCAUUUGUACAAUCAACAUUCCUGCUGAUAAGCCAGAUUGCUUCAGGACACAGAAUCUUAAGUUACUCCAGAAUUUCAGGGUUUGGUUUUUUUUUCACAGUAAUUUAAAAAAAUUUUUGAUUUCAAGUGAGAAUUCAUAUAAUGAUAUUAUUUAUGUUGAUAGAUUUAUGGGGAAAGUUUCUCCAAAAUACAUAGUCCUAUCUCUUCAUAUAAUAUAUCAGGUUUUUUCAAAAGUAUUUGAAAAUUAUAAAUACUGUGGGGAUUAAUUUAUUCUCUUGUCAUUAAAAUCUAUCAUUGGAAA